AUGUCGAAGGGGUUCUUUGCGCUUGUGUUGUGCGCCCAGACUGCAGUUGGGCAGAAGUUUGCCGCUUUCGAUGCAGCGGUGUCUUCCAGCGUGUAUUCCAGCAAGUCUUUUGCAGCAGAGCUGGCAGUCGCAGAGUCUUCUGGGUAUUGGUGCAGCGUUGGGCAUCAUGCGCCUGGCGACGUGGUGUCUUGGACAGGCGAGUUCAACUCACGCCGGCAAAUCUCAGGCGUGCAGCUUCGGUGGAGCUACGCGCCCGCAGAGGUGAAGGUGCUCACAAGCGCCGACGGUGGCAACUUUGAGGAAGCAGCUGCUUGGCGGCGCAUUGCGCGCGCCGAGCCUAGUUUUGAAGAGACGGUCAUGUUUGCCCGGCCUGUUGCAGCAAAGGCUGUGAUGGUUCUGAUGCGUGGGCCAAAGCCAUGGGGCUAUUUUGGUUUGGCCCAUGCUGCGGCCUUGUCGGGGCCUGCCUCCUUCAUGCUUGUAAGCGGCGCGCCCAGCCGAGAGGAGCAGUGUGCCGUGGCCGGGCCAAAAGGCUUGCGCGCUGAGGCUUGCCUAGGCGCGAUGGUUGCGGGGGAGGGCAAGGAGAUUUUCAGCUUGUCAGAAGACGGGCAGUUGAAGACACAGAGCGGACAAUGCUUGGGCUUGCGCUCUGGAGGUCUCGUGUUUCGGACUUGCGCUGCAGGGCAGGGCGCGUGGGAAGUAACUGCAGACGGGCAGGUGAAGCAAGGUGGUGUGUGCUUGAUGUUGUCCGGGGAGCGCGUUGAGGCAGUGGAUUGCGGGGAGGCUGCAGCGCUUGGAAGUGACAAGUUCUUUGAGGUUGCAGUGACGGCUCAAGACCCAGCAGCUGUGGUUGCUGUGCAGAGCAUGGGGUCGCUUCUUAAGGCAAGUGUGGAGCGACAACGCAAGCUGAUGGCGCGGCUGCAAGCCUUGCUGCCAAGGCUUGCCUCCUGCAAGAGUUCGAGCUUGAAGGGCCUUUCGCCGCGAGUGGAGUUCUCGCUUGCAGCAGCGGGGCAGUCUGCCAGCGGUGUGAACUUGGGGCAGAAGAUUGGCGAACGCUUUGGGCCUGGCGUGGGAGAAGCAAAUUCUGUGUUGCUAGAGUCAGCCAAAGUCUUGAAGACUGUUGCGGCCGCAGCUCGGUGA